GCGCGCACGCAGCUUCCUCGCCGUCCAAUCAGCGCGAAGCUGCUUUCUUAUAGCCUCUGUGUGCAUUUCACUUUCACACACACACUGCAAAGGGACCGAAGCGCAGAAGCAUGCAUCAACAAGUCUGAUGUUACAAGGAUGUGAAGUACGUGCAGUCUCCGAAUGUCUUCUGGUUUCAGCUUUUCUUUAAAACCUGGCUCUAAAACAUCUCCCUACAAACGUUUAAUUGCCUAAACAGGUCUCGAUGGCCCCAGAAUACGCGGUGAAGAGCCACAUGUACUAACUUGUGUUCUUCGGUUUUGGCUUUGGAUUUAUAAAAAUGACUCAAAAUUCCUGCAAAUUUUCUCUAUACUCCAACAUAUGAGCCUGUGCAUUUAUGGGAAAAACCCUCUGUGGAAAUGACAGGAAGGAAUGUUAUUUAAUCAUUUUUCCGUAUGACAUGGAUUGAUAAUGACCGCCCUUGAACUGUAGAGCUUUUAAAAGAAACAUAUCUGGACAUGACUUUCCCUGGGGGGGCUCAUAUGUCGAGGAACGUCUUCAUCCAUCAUGGCUGUCCCUUUUUCCUGACAAUACUUUUAUCCUUUACUUUUUUGAGUGUGAUGGCUUCUUCCUGUCCCAAGAGCUGCCACUGUACUGAGAGGAACGGCUUGACUGUGGUGCAGUGUUCCUCUCGUAACUUAGAAGAGAUACCUCUUGACCUUCCACAAGACACAGUGUCUCUCCUUCUGUCCUAUAAUCACAUCACCAAAAUCCCAAAUCAGGCUUUCAAAAACCUUCCAUGGCUCCAAGAGCUGGACCUGUCCCGGAACGCCAUUGAAACUGUGGAGGCAGGGGCUUUUCAGGGCGUCUCGGAGAACUUGCGAGCCCUCGACCUGUCCCAUAAUCAUAUGAGGAGCGUACCCAAGGAGGCCUUCGCUCGACUUCAUGCCAAGAUCAGUCUGUCCGACAACCCUUGGCACUGCGAAUGCCAGUUGCAGGAGGUGCUGCGGGAACUCAAGUUGGAUCCGGAGACGGUGAACGAGGUGAGCUGCCACACGUCUGUUCAGGAAGAGCAUGCUGGGAAGCCCGUCAUCCAAGUGCUGGAUUCGGGCAUUAACUUUUGUAACUUCCAUCACAAGACUACUGACGUGGCCAUGUUCGUCACCAUGUUCGGUUGGUUUGCGAUGGUCAUCGCAUAUGUCAUCUAUUACGUACGACACAACCAGGAAGAUGCCAGGAGACAUCUGGAGUACCUCAAGUCUUUGCCAAGUAGUUCCCAAAUUAGUAAAGACUUUGACACAAUCAGCACUGUUCUCUAGCAUCAAUCAAUUCAGCGUGGGAGGAAAUGUGUUUGGCACAAAAAUGAUGGCACAACAGCGAGCCUUAUUUCCAUUUGCUUUUAUAGAGGACCAUUAUUGUCCAUUUAUUGCCUGUUUGGUUCGAUUGGUUUCAUGGGCUUUAGCACAAUGAAUGUUUUGACAAUUAUGCCAUCCUUUUGUUCAACGUUUCCAUUCAUAUAUAUACUCGCAGUCGACCUACAUACGUUCUGAAUCUCGGUGGUGGCCGAUUUGUGCCUCACGACAGAUUCUGCAGACGCUCCAAUUUCUCUGAAGGUGCUUAAAUCUCAUUACGUCCUGAACUGAUUUCUGAAAUGACAUUGAAUUAUCAUACAGACGGACAAGAGUUCUAAAUGCUGGAUCAAUGGCCCUUUUCUUCUUAUGUUGUAGCGUAAACGGGUGUGUCAGUUGUCAGGAUACAUAAAUACUGCCAGAACUCUCAGUCUGACUUGUUACCUGGAUACUUGCCCCAUUUUUGGCAGACUUCUUUAUGCUCAAGUGCCUCCAGUAAAUUCUGGUACCUCAACACCAAUACACUGUGCAUUGGAAAUUUUUUGGCUUGCUUUCUCUGGAAUCAAAGAAAUAAUUUUUUAAUAUCAAACGUUGAACGAUCUCUGUUGCAAUAUGGGUUAAAGGAAUAGUUCACCUAAAAUGUAUAAUUCUGUUAUCAUUUACUCAGCCUUAGGUUGAGAAACCAAACAAAUCUCAUCCCCAUUUACUGCCAUAGGUCAAAUAAAUACAAACGGAGUCAAUGGUUGAUGAGAUCUGUUUGGUUACUGACAUUUUUCCAAUUAUCUUCUUCUUUGUUUGUUUAGCAGAACCUUUAAGUAGAACAUUGUUAUUGUACUUAUGUAAGUGAGUUCUCUGAUUUUUGGUCAGUGGCAUUGUUGCGGAUCACUAGAGGAUAUCAUCAGAUGAUAUGCAAAACUGGAAUUUAGUUAAAAGGGCUUGAAUAGUUGACCCCUGUAUUUCUGUCCACAUGUAUCAGUUUGUUUUUCAAUGUGACCAGCCUUUCUGUAGCAGUAGUGUGUAUAUCAUAGCAACACAAAAG